AUGGUAUACAAUUUACAAAACAAAAAAAAAUAUUUAAUAGGAAAACUAGUAUGCCAGAAUUGUACACAUAUUUGGUCGAAUUGCCAAGAUACUGAAUAAUAUUAUUAUGUUUGAAUCGGAGUACUCAUGCGCGAAAAUAAUUGUUUGUGUUAUGAGUAUUAUUAUUAAAAUAGCUGUACUAUUAUGACGAUGAUAGCUCAUAUAUCUACUGUGAAAUAAUGUAGGUAGAACAAUAUUUAUGAAAUGUGUUGGAAACAAAAAAUUUGUAUGCACACUUUUGUGUUUGAAAAAAACACACGUCAUCAAUUAUUGUUCAAAUCUGUUUAAUUUAUAGUAGGACGUUUUAUUUUUUAAAAAAUGUUUACAAUCUAUCAGAUCACGGUAGCCGUCAACGUUCUGACCAUUUUGCUUUUGACGGUCUUGAAUUUUUACUAUACAGCAGGAGAUUUAACUAUUGGUGGUAUCGCCGACUUUAAAGAAUUUGAGUACGGCGAGGAUCUUUUUUUCGAAAUCACACAUCCACCAGAGUUGCAGUACACGUACAGGAUACGACCGGCAAAAGACAUUGGCGUUCCUUUUCAUAAAGAAAAAUUUCCUCCAAAAAAGAGCAAAUUAAUACUCGUUGAUCCCGAUCACGGUUGUGAUACGCCCAAAAAUGCAAGGAAUAUACGAGGAAACGUCGCAUUUGUCAAGCGAGGUGAAUGUAGUUUUCUGAAAAAAACCAUAGUGAUGGAAACUUGCGGAGCUAAAGCCGUUGUCAUUGCAGAUAACAAUAUUUAUGACGACUCCUAUUAUAUACACAUGAUCGACGAUGAAAGUAAAUUAAAAGCCAACAUUCCUGCCGGCUUUUUGGUCGGUAGAUCGGGCCAUUUGAUUCAUUCUACUAUGACUGAACUAAAACUAAAAGAAUUGCCCAUCGUGUUCCCGUUGAAUAUGACAUUCGUACCCUUACACGAAAUGAACCAACCACCUUGGAUACCCAUUUGAAAAACUGUUAUUUUGAUAAGUAAUUUAUUUAUAAAGCUAUGCAUAGAGAUCUGUCGGCCGUUGUCGUCAAUAAUUAAUUAAGUUUGGGCACAUAUCAGCAGAGGGUGUCUAUUAGUCCGAAACUCAUCCAAAAUAGUCGUAAAAAAACUUUCCAGAAAAUCAUACAAAAUUUUUACAUUUAGAUCGCUCUGCUAAAUAAAAUCUCAGCUGUGUAACUAUUUAUAUAGCAACAAUUAAUAAUAUAGUAGUUAAUAAUUGUACAGGGUUAAUUUAAAUCUAAGUAAUUAUUGAUUAAUAGGAAAAAAACUAAAAUAACUAAAAAGAAUGUUUUAAAAAAUUUAAUUUUGCUCAUUUUUGUUUUACCUGAUUUAAAAUUUUACAUUGAUUUGUAAACAAUUUUUUUACAAAUAGUCAUAUGGCUAAGAUAUAAGUUUUUCUUAUAAGACUUUUUUUAUAAAUAAAUAAUUAUACCGAAUAAUUCAUUUUUCUACUCGAAAUUGUGUUGAAAUAUCAUUAUAUAUUUUAUAAACUAGUCUAAAAUUCUGUUGUUAAAUUUAAGUAGAAGAUGUUUAAUGUAUAAUUUUUUUUUAACUUGAAUAUGGGAAAACUAGGGAAUCGUUAUAUAUUUCUAAAUAAGUUGUAUUAAGUUUUUAAAACUAAAUAAUAUUAUCGGUGGCAAUCAGUUAAUUUAGUCUUAGUGUUAUAUUUGUUGGCCAAUUCUGAUUUUACGAGUACCUAUCUAAAAAAUGCACGCCUCAAUCCACCAUUUCAGUUUUAUUAUAAUUGACUGUUAAUAUUGACUAAUUUUGUUGAGUUAUUAUUCUUAUUAAACUAUAAUUGUAAAUUUAUUUAUUGUAUGUUACAAAUUGUAUAAUUUAAGUAGUACGUAAGUUAUAAAAAUAAAUUUAUUAUGAAAACUAACCAAAUUAAACUAGUAAUAAAAAUUUAAACUGUGUAUUUCAACGUAUAUAUUUAAUUUUAAUUUAACACAUUGAUGGUAAACAUCGGAUUUUAAUUU